UUGGUUUAUAAUUGUUCAUUUAAUAGUCACGUUUCUUAAACAAUUUUACAAUGUUCGAACGUGUCCAAGUGAAAAUAUUAAGAGUCACGCAAUUUCUUUCUAAGAACAGUAAUCAGGCAAUAACAUAUUAUAAGUCAUAUUAAUAUUAUUUUUCAACUAAUGUAUAUGAAUAAUGCGUGUUACCUGUAUGAGUAACUAUCGUAAACAACAGUUUAGUUAUUGUUAUUAUAAUAAUUAUGAACGUUGAGGUUCAACAUUUUAUCUUUUCCCAUUUUUGUAAUGUUCUCCUCAACAAGCUCCAUAGCUCCAUACUGCCGCGCCAUGUUAAAGUAGCUUAUUGUUAGAGAAUAAAAUAACUUCUGGCACCUUAACAAUGCCUUUAUUUGUAAUAGUCACAAAGAAUGACUACGUGUUAGAAUGUCAUUAUUCCAUUCUACGUCACAUCUUAAUUUAUUUAUAGAUUAUUGAACAAAGAAACUUUACUGACAUUAUUAUUAAUCUCACACUAUUAUUUUGUAAUUUAAAUGGUGGCGUUGGAUUUAACUGUCAAUAAUAUAGCAGGUAAGAUGAGUGCUAGUGUCAUCUGUUCCUAAAUUUCCAUUUUUAAAAAGGGUUACUGUAUUUAGGCAUAUAAUUAUUAUUGAUAACUUACAAAUAAUACUUUGUAGUGACGCUAUUUCGAUGCAUACCGAUGUUAUUGAAAUUUGUUAUUGACUAUAAAAAUUAUAGGGAAUUCAUAAAUGAAGUAUAAAGGGCAAAGUCUAGGUUGAUAUUGAAAACUCAAGGAUUACCAUGUUUUGGAGUCUUUUUAUUUUAUGGUACAAAAAAGUACAUAACUGUCUACUUUAAAUUUAAUAACGUGAACAAGGCAACCGUUAUUAUCGCCCGAUUACAAACUCUCAGUUCCUAACAAUAAAUCUAUGUCUAGUGACUAUUGCAACUUAAUGAAGUGUUUAAGUUCAAACAUAUGUACGUGUGAUAUUAUGUUUUUGAUAGGUACAAUGACGCCGUGUUUUGAUAAGCAGUUUCUGAGAUAUGGUAGACCAAUCAAAUAAGAGCUUCCGCUGAUAUGAAUCUAUUUAUUUCUCCAAAAUUACUCAUAGUUAUGAAUGCGUGUUAAUUUACUUUAGACUCGAAUGAUAAAAUUAAACACAUUAAAUUCAUUAUGACCAUACUCUCCGUACUCACUUGCCGAUUUUGUGUAGUGACAGAAUCUGUGCGCGUAAAAAAAUAUCUGACGACCUGUUUGUAGUUAAGUACAUCUAUUUAUAACAAGAUCGUGACAGUAUUGUCUACAUUACAGUUAAACGCAAUUAGUAAUGAAUCAUACACAAAAAAAUAAAUAACAUUCUGCAUUUUCUGCUCUCGUUAUAGUCGUUACCGAUUGUAUGGUUUUAUAAACAAACAACUCAUUAAAAACUUUCUUUGUCAAAUCACUGCUGGCAGCAAAACAUAUUUUUUAAAACAAAACCUUUUACGUCAAGUUGACAUUGCGUUUACAGCAAGGAAAACCAAAAAAUAUUGCUUCGAUUUACUUAUACACAAUAAAUUCAAUUUAUAUUUAAUAUUUUUGUAGCCAAACUGUUGUUUGUUGUUCCGUGGCUUUUAAAAUGUAAUAUUUUUUAUUUGUUUUGUCCCCCCAAGUCAUUGACUUGAGAUGAGGGGCACCUUUACAUCGUAACUGGUAAAGUGUUUACUGCUCCGAACGAUUAAUACAACUAGAUAUCAUAAUUAUCUUUAUUUAUAUCAGUACAUUGGAAUUAAAAAAAUCAAACAAACCAAAUUAUUGCGCGUAAAAUCAGGUGCUGACGGAACAAUGUUGAUUUGCAAUCAAAAUGCCCAACCUGAAGUUUAUAAAAAAUUUGAAUAAUGGAAAAUGACCCUAGCAAAAAAGAGUCGAAGGGGAAAAGGAUAUUCAAAAAAGCUAUACGCCGCAAUAGUAAAUCUAACAAUAGCAGCCAGAACUCAUCCAUAGAGCAAGGCACGGGCGUGUCACGAUCCAAGAGCUUCGAGAACAAACAUCUGUCCAUCGAUAUUAACGACAGCACGCCGCUGCCGACACCCGACGGCACCAAGGAAAAGGCUGAUCACGCUGGACAGAAAAUAAAACUAGACGAUAAAACACAGAACCAGGAAUGUGACCUUGCGACCCAGGAUACCUCCGCAGAUCUGGUCAAGAACAAAAAAAACGUGGACAUUCAGGAGAAUCUAAACGAGGUGUACAGCGAGACACCUUCUGGGUCUAAUAAGGGUGCCAAAUUUACUUCUCCGAAACUUGAGAUAAAAGAGCAGCGCCCUUCGGAAUCAGACGGUGCUAAAAAGAAUCUUAAAAGGAAAUUGGAAGAAGAAAGCGGAGCGGGAACGAGCGGGGCGAGUACUGGCACGUCGGACACUGACGCCGACGACAAAGAUCCCAGCAAGGACAAAAAGAAAAAGAAUAGGUGCGCCGUUUGCCGCAAGAAGGUUGGACUCACAGGCUCAGGGUUCGAGUGCCGCUGCGGAGGGCUGUUCUGCGCGGUGCACCGGUACAGCGACAAGCACGAGUGCUCGUUCGACUACCGGGAGCUGGGCGCGCAGGAGAUCCGCCGCAACAACCCCGUCGUGGUCUCGCAGAAGAUCCACAAGAUAUGAGCCUGUGGGCCCGGGAGUCACCACCCUCACCGCACCGCAUUACAUACGUUUUAUGAUUUUCUCUAAAUAAAUAUUCGAUCGAGUUUGUGUUUCUUAUUUGCGUUUUGUAUGUAGGUAUUUUUGACUGCAGGCCGGCGGCGCCGCGCCGUCGCUCGUUCGGUUUCCGUUUCUUUUCAUUUUCUGUCUGUCCGAGCGCCUUUGCCUCGCGACUUACUCAACUAUAAGAACGACGCGACCGCGUAGGAAACACAGACUCGAUCUAUACUGUAUUUAGAUUUAUUUGUGGCGAGAGUUUUACUUUUAAAUUUUUAUUAAAAGUUGUAGAUAAUGUUCGUUUCGGGUAGGAAUUCAGGAUUAAUUUUUGAGAUAAUAAGUAGAGUUUGAAUAUUGUCCGUUCACCUCCAUUGUAAAUAUUAGAUAUAAUUAAUUAUAGAAACAAAUCCUAUAUAUUGUAAAAAAUUAAAACUCCCAAAAAAAGCUACAUUGUUAUGAUUCCAACGGAGAGCGUAGCGCGCUUGACUAUACGUAACAAUGGUAUGCUGGGGCCGCACUGACGGCUGGACAGCGGCUCUCCAUGUCGAUCGCCUAGUUGUACAUUGUUCAGGAGUUCGCUGCCGCCGACAUGACUCGUGUUUGUGACAAACAUUCGAUACGUGAUAUGAGUAGCGGAGCUCCGUGAAGCCGCAUCUGUGCUAGACAACGAUUAGUGCGAGUGUGCACACCGCGGCGACGAGCACGUCUUGGACUGUGAAUUAACAUCAUCUUCAAAUUGUUAGUAAUGUUAUUUUGGUUUGGGAAGUCGUCGCUUUCUUAUUUGUCUAACAUUCGGCAUAAGUGACCUAGUGUUUAGCGAGAUUGUGGUGUGUAUCGGCUAAGGUGAGCGCGCGGCGGCGAGGGCGUGCGGCGGCCGGCGUGUGCAAGCGCUUGCAGUUCUCGGGAACGCUGUUUUGUGAUCAUUUACUUUGAUUUCGUGCGUCGCUGUCGCACGCGCCGCUACCACGCCGCUCCGCUCUUUGUGUGAAAAUUUAAAGUAAGCAUAUGGAUAGUUAUAAAUAUUAUAAGUAGUCGACACUUUAUAUUAUUACACAUAUAAGUAGAAAAGAAUUAUUUAGCUUUUUUCUUUUAAUCACAAUAUUAUUCAAAAUUGUAAGUUGUAUUAUGUAACUUGUUCAUUUUAGUGGUGAAGUUGAACCAAUAAUAACUAUGUAUCGCUUCGGUCGUUGUCCACGGUAGACUAACUGAUUGGUUGGACUUAAUUAUUUAAUGACUUUUGUUGUAUAUUUUGUUAGGUCAUUGAUUAAUUUUGGUCUUUUAGCUUGAACAUAAUCAGAUAAAGAUGAUGUUAAUGAAUGAUUUUCCUUCUAUCUUUGCUGUUUUAAUUUAGUUAUUCUCUUAUUAAAGUCAUUAAAUUUUCAGGAACA